CCUAGCAACUCCGGGCAGGUUUUCUCUAACCUCGCUCUGUGCUGUCCUGUGUUUGGUAGCCACCCCAGGCUAAAGUAACACGUUUGACGGCGGCGGUCGGAGCUGCUGACUCAGCAUGUGGUGCGUGAGCCCAGCUGCCGUGGUAGCCUUGUGCAUCGGGCUUUGGGUCUCUAACCCGGUGCCCACGCAGGGACAAGAGGUCGGGGGGCGGCCUGGGGCGGACUGUGAAGUAUGUAAAGAAUUCUUGAACCGAUUCUACAACUCUUUGAUAGCGAGAGGAGUUGACUUCUCCCUGGACACUAUAGAAAAAGAAUUGAUCAGCUUUUGCUUGGAUGUCAAAGGAAAAGAAAACCGUCUGUGUUAUUACCUAGGAGCCACAAAAGAUGCAGCCACAAAGAUCCUCAGUGAAGUCACUCGUCCCAUGAGUGUACACAUGCCUGCUAUGAAGAUUUGUGAGAAGCUCAAGAAGAUAGACAGCCAGAUCUGUGAGCUGAAAUAUGAAAAGAAAUUGGACUUGGCGUCAGUCGACCUGCUGAAGAUGAGAGUUGCAGAACUGAAACAGAUACUGCACAGCUGGGGGGAAGAGUGCAGGGCCUGCGCAGAGAAAAUUGACUACGUGAAUCUGAUCAAAGAACUGGCCCCCAAGUACACAGCCAUGCACCCUCAAACAGAACUCUGACCUUGCGGACCAGCGCGUCAUAGGCUGUAACUAGAGAAAAACUAUCUAGGGCAUGGACAUGUUGGUUAAGGAUAACCAGCUUGCACUAUGUUUGGCCUUCUAUUUCUUUUGUCUUGAUAUACCUCAGAAUUUUAUUAGUAAAACUACUAGUAUUACUGAGCUUACAUUUGCAGUGUACAAAUACCUAACGUGCCUUUCUCAUAA